CAGAACGACGAAAAAAGAGAGGAAGAGCGACGAAGCCGAACUAGUGCCGGCACGGCGGACGGAGAAACAUGGCAGGGAAAGCCGGCGGACUCAAGGGGGUUGCCCUCAUCGGCGGCGGGGCCAACAGCUCGGUCGCCGGCGCCCUACACUUCUUCCAGGACCCCGCCACCGGGUACACCGAGGUGAGGGGCAAGGUCACGGGCCUGGCUCCGGGCAUGCAUGGAUUCCACAUCCACGUCUUCGGCGACACCACCAACGGCUGCAACUCCACCGGGCCCCAUUUUAACCCUCACAAUAAGCCCCAUGGAGCACCAUUUGAUGAUGAACGACAUGUGGGUGACCUGGGAAACAUAGCAGCCAACAAAGAUGGAGUUGCAGAAGUGUUCAUAAGGGACCUACAGAUUUCAUUGAGUGGGCCUCAUUCCAUACUGGGAAGGGCAGUUGUUGUUCAUGCUGAUCCGGAUGACCUAGGGAGGGGUGGCCAUGAACUCAGCAAGUCAACAGGAAAUGCAGGCGCUAGAGUUGGAUGUGGUAUCAUUGGAAUUCAGUCUUCAGUUUAGCAAGUAACAGCCUAGUUCCACCAGAAAAAAGGGCCAAGGGAUAUGUCAUGGUAUAUGCAGAUUGUGCGGAGACAUGGAAAUGAUGUGCAUUGUUCUGGAACAUCUCAAAACUAAACAGUUUAGUACCCUGUCUACAGUGAUGUAUACAAUAAUCUUGUUACUAUCAGAAUAAGAGGAAAAUUGCCAGUAGAUUCUUGUAUCGACUUCUGCAUGUCCUGAAUAAUGGUAUCUGUGCUUAUCAGUGGCUAUAGGCCUAUAUGCAAAACCCCUUCGAAAGGGAAAGGUACAUGUCUAUAAAUGGUGCUGCUUUUGGAUUCGUCCACUCGAAAUACCUUUAAUCGAAUGGCAAACUCUAUUAGUCUA